AUGUCGCAAUCACCACCUAGCCUGCCGGCCGAUAGCGAGCCUCUUUAUGGAGGCUUCUCACGCUUCGAGGUUGAGCUCGAGUUCGUCCAAUCUCUGGCCAAUCCGUUCUAUCUAAAUCACCUGGCGUCGCAGAAGUUGCUUUCCGAGCCAGCCUUCGUGCAAUACCUCAAGUACCUACAGUAUUGGAGCAAGCCACCGUAUCUGAGAUACCUGACAUAUCCCGGCCCCACGCUCAAGCACCUCGAGCUUCUACAGCAAGAACGGUUCAGGCAAGAGAUCAUUAGUCCCGAGCUCGUGCAGGUUCUUGCUGCCGAGGGACAAAAGGCAAGCAUCGACUGGCACAAGGACGACACCGAGUGA